AUCGUAUUUGGUCCAGGUCAUCCCUCCCCAGGCCUGGGGCACUCUGCGUGCAGAUUUUGUACAAAAAAACACACACACACACACACACACAUACAUGAUAAUAAUUCCCAGCCCAGGAGCUGAGGGGCGAGGGCUGGGGACCAUGCCGAGGGCCGGGUCGGGCCCGUGCAGGCCGGCGCCUUGGGCUGUACAUAGUGUUCCCUCUCAUCCCCAGCGUUCGUCCCCAGCGUCCAUCCUGUAACGUGCUUCUGUUUGUUAUGGUAGAACAGCCCUGUGUUAAUAUAUUGAAGUCACUUAAAAAACCAGAAACCCAGCUGUAUCCAGUUCUCGUUAUUUCUCCUCCCUGUGGUUCCCAGUCUGCUGUUGUGGAGGAGGCAAGUGCUCAAGUCGUCUAGCGGAGGCUGGAGCCAGAGAAUGGGCUCCUUCUACCUUGGAAGGGCAAAUGCCUGCUGCUGCUUCUCUCCAGUCAGGGAGGGGUGGGGGGCUCUGGGGGUGGGGUGGAGGCUGCUGAGGCCCAGGCCCAGGCCCAGCUUGUGCUUGCCCCGGCUGGCUGCCUACAAGUUUCCUGGUGGCUAGAUGGAGUGCGCGGGAGAGGCACGGCAUGAAUGGCUUUCCUUGGCUGUAAUUAAUUGUAAUAAUUUAUGAGUACAUGAGAUUGGAGGGAAGAGAUAGGUGAAGAUGAAAGUUAGGUGCUGGGUCAGGGCCCAGGCUGGAUUCUUGCCUGGCUGCAUUGGUGCUUUGGUGCUUCCAGGGAUGGCUGGGAAAGAAGGCUGGGAGGGGGUGUGUGACUAGGAGGAAGGCCACGCAGGCCUCAGGGAGCAGGACAGGCACUGGGGACUGCAGUGGAAGAAAAAGAAGAAAAACACAGAGAGUGAGAGAGAAGAGAUGGGACAUGGAAGGAGAGAGGAAAGAAAAGGAAGAAAGGAAAGAAGGAAGGAAGGAAGGAGAAAGACGGCAAAGCCAAUACAAUCAGAAUUAGAUGUAGUUUCUACUUCUCAAUGCAGUCUCAGCUCCUCGCUCCCCUUCUCCUAAUUCUUUUCUUUCCAAUCUCUGUCUCCCCUACUCUGGUGUUUAGUUUGAAUGUUUGUCUGGGGGUGACUGGGUCACGCUGUGCAGCUGCAGCACUUCUGGGGAAUGGUGUGCCCAAGGCCCAAGGAAGCUGGCCAGAGAUUAGCCAGGAGUGGGGUGCUUCCUGGUGGCUGUGGGACCCCAAGUGCAAAGAUGUGGGGAUGUGUGUGUAACAGCCCGGUGGGGCUGAUCGGCUGUACUGCACCCCAGAGCGCCUUCCUAGAACCAGCAGUUUUAAUCUGCUAAUCAGAAGCAGACACAAGCUGCCGGGUAUGCCUCGGCCCAGCGCCCCCUUUCUCGGAAAUCCCCCAAUCUGGAAACUAUUAAAAUCAGACUGCUUGAAAUAUAGUCCUUUAAUAUCUCAAGCUGCCCAUUCUGCCAAAGGUGCAGGGUGUCGCUCUGAAUAUUUGGGGGAUACUCCGUGAAAAAAUAAUUAGAGACCCCAGCCCAUGUGCUGCUCCCGGUAGCAUCACCUUACAGGAUGGUGAGACACUUGUAGGGACCAGCCCCUUCCCCAUCAUUUGAAUCUCUUACUCUCUCCUUCUAUUAAAAACUCCAAGUCGGUGGCUGGAGGAAGGUAGGAAGGGGUGAAAAUUUUGUUUCGAUAAUACUGGGGGGCAAUCAAGUCGCAACAAGGGACUUCGCAGUCGCUGAAGCACCAGCUCCUCUUUCGAGCUUAGGAGACCGCCUCCCCAAUUCCAGAAGCAUUGUUUUCUUGGUCCAUUUGAAAGGUGCUUUGCCUAUAGUUUUUCUCCUUCCUCACACCUCUUUUUGGCCAUUUUGCUGUUCUGGAACUCUGACUCCUGUUCCCCACCCAGUGAAGGCCAAGACACCCCUCUCUCCCCUGGUCGGGAGCGCUGGGAUGCGGGCUUCUCUCCCAGACCGAGAGCGGCGUUUCCGGGCUUCCACCCCGCCCCUGCUCCGAGGCCCUGUCGCCUCCCUUCAGCGUCCAUCAGCGCGGCCUGCUUCCUGCAGCCGGCCUGAGCAGCCUUACUGCGGGCAGGAAGGAGGGCCGCGGACUUGGAGGACCCUGAGGAAAGCAUGGGAUGCAGAACAGGCCCACCCGGCCCGGCCCACUGUUCAAUCCCAGCCCAGCCUGCAGGACGUCCUCCCCAACGUCGCCCUCAAUUCCACCGCCUAUGAUCCAGUGAGGCAUUUCUCGACCUAUGGAGCGGCCGUUGCCCAGAACCGGAUCUACUCGACUCCCUUUUAUUCGCCACAGGAGAAUGUCGUGUUCAGUUCCAGCCGGGGGCCGUAUGACUAUGGAUCUAAUUCCUUUUACCAGGAGAAAGACAUGCUCUCAAACUGCAGACAAAACACCUUAGGACAUAACACACAGACCUCAAUCGCUCAGGAUUUUAGUUCUGAGCAGGGCAGGACUGCGCCCCAGGACCAGAAAGCCAGUAUCCAGAUUUACCCCUGGAUGCAGCGAAUGAAUUCGCACAGUGGGGUCGGCUACGGAGCGGACCGGAGGCGCGGCCGCCAGAUCUACUCGCGGUACCAGACCCUGGAACUGGAGAAGGAAUUUCACUUCAAUCGCUACCUAACGCGGCGCCGGCGCAUCGAGAUCGCCAACGCGCUUUGCCUGACCGAGCGACAGAUCAAAAUCUGGUUCCAGAACCGCCGGAUGAAGUGGAAAAAAGAAUCUAAUCUCACAUCCACUCUCUCGGGGGGCGGCGGAGGGGCCACCGCCGACAGCCUGGGCGGAAAAGAGGAAAAGCGGGAAGAAACAGAAGAGGAGAAGCAGAAAGAGUGACCAGGACUGUCCCUGCCACCACCCCUCUCUCCCUUUCUCCCUCGCUCCCCCCCACAACUCUCCCCUAAUCACACACUCUGUAUUUAUCACUGGCACAAUUGAUGUGUUUUGAUUCCCUAAAACAAAAUUAGGGAAUCAAAUGUGGACCUGAAAGUCAGCUCUGGACCCCCUUCCUCACCGCACAACUCUCUUUCACCACGCGCCUCCUCCUCCUCGCUCCCUUGCUAGCUCGUUCUCGGCUAUUCUGCAAGCCCCUUUCCCCGUCCAGGCCUUGGGGGUUCGGACCCUGAACUCAGACUCUACAGAUUGCCCUCCAAGUGAGGACCUGGCUACCCCCACUCCCUCGACGCCCCCACCCCCGCCCCCCGUGCAGAGAGCCAGCCGGCUCCUGGGCCUGGGGCCUCUGCUCCAGGGCCUCAGGGCCCGGCCUGGCAGCCGGGGAGGGCCGGAGGCCCAAGGAGGGCGCGCCUUGGCCCCACACCAACCCCCAGGGCCUCCUCGCAGUCCCUGCCUAGCCCCUCUGCCCCAGCAAAUGCCCAGCCCAGGCAAAUUGUAUUUAAAGAAUCCUGGGGGUCAUUAUGGCAUUUUACAAACUGUGACCGUUUCUGUGUGAAUAUUUUUAGCUGUAUUUGUGGUCUCUGUAUUUAUAUUUAUGUUUAGCACCGUCAGUGUUCCUAUCCAAUUUCAAAAAAGGAAAAAAAAAGAGGGAAAAUUACAAAAAGAGAGAAAAAAAGUGAAUGACGUUUGUUUAGCCAGUAGGAGAAAAUAAAUAAAUAAAUAAAUCCCUUCGUGUUACCCUCCUGUAUAAAUCCAACCUCUGGGUCCGUUCUCGAAUAUUUAAUAAAACUGAUAUUAUUUUUAAAAGUUUA